AAUCAUAGAUUUAUUUUAGGCCUUUUUAUUUUCUUCUCUCAUACCUUUGUUGCUAUGGUAACCUACAUUCCCCAAAUUGCCCCUUGUCUGGUUUAUGUGUGGUCCUUAGUCAUUAUUCCUCCAAAAAGGAAGUGCAUAUAGAGGGGGGGUAUGCUAUUUGUUCUUCUUUCUUCAUACAUUCCUGCACAAGUUUUCUGAUAUUAUUUGGACUUCAUGAUGUAAAAUUGAGAGAGCUUGGGGACCAGAUGUCUGCGGAUUGAUUCUCUCACAGACGGAGGUGUGUGAGGCAAACCUGAGUGCCUCAGGCCUUCAGGCGUCACGCUUUUCUCUGUUCUCCUAUGUGCAAACAAAUCAUUCGCGCCCAAGAGUUGUCCGUGCUCUUUUUCUUCCUAAAACGCACUCGUCUUUGUUCAAGUCUCAAAAUGCAGAUCGUGACACCGGCACAAACGGCCUCAUCAGGAAAACGCUGAAGGAAAAAGAGGAAGUAUGUGUUUUUUUGCAACAUGUAUUCGUUUGGGCUUCACUCUCUGUUUUCCCCUGAAAUAAUGGUUGGAAACUGAGUGCAUGCAGGUCCACCGCUCUAAGAGAUGUCACAACAUCCCCCUUUAGACUUGAACGCAGCCUUAAACGGCUUUUAGUGCUGUUUUGUUCGUGGGGUUGACAUCUGUGAAAGGAAAUCCGGUUUGCAGGGGAUUCAACAUUUCUUGAUCUCAGUGCGCUUGAGGCCUCUUGAGCAGAAACUUCAUUUGGAGGAGGAAACAUGGAUGCUGAUCCAUUUGACAAUCCCAUGUGCAAAAAUACUGUAGAUGCAGAGUCCUUUCAGGGAGAGAAAAGGAAACUUAUUCAGCCAACUUCUUUAAAGGACCCAAAACUAGAGAAUCUUAAAGAGGCAUUGGUUGAUUGGAUCAAUAGGACUUUGAAACCAGAGCACAUAGUGGUUCAGAGCCUGGAAGAGGAUAUGUAUGAUGGAUUGGUCCUUCAUCACCUGCUGUCCAGGUUGGCUGGGGUGCACUUGCCAGUGGAUGAGAUCGCUCUUACCACCUCCGCUCAGAUCCAAAAGCUUGAAGUGAUCCUCGAGGAGCUGAACAAGAGGCUGGGUCUGCAGGACAGCAGCGUGAUCAAAUGGAAUGUCAAACUCAUCCACAACAAAGACCUCCUGGCCACAAUUCAUCUGCUGGUUGCCAUGGUGAAGCACUUCCAGGCCGAACUAAAUCUGCCGCUGAACGUGAAGGUUGAAGUCGUGGUUGUGGAAGUCAGUCGAAGUGGCAUCAAAUCAGAAGUGCAGACAGAGGUCCUAACAGAAGACAGCAACGCAGGCUCCGACUCCACUGCCAAUUCGGAAAAGGAAGAUCCCAUUGAGCAACUGCUGAAGCUUGAGGCUCACAAGGUCAACACAGUGAAGAAGGCCAUCUUACAUUUUGUCAACCAGUCCAUGUCAACCAUUGGUCUGCAGGUGGCUGAUGUGGACAAACAGUUUGCUGACGGGGUGAUGCUGCUGCUGCUAAUCGGUCAGCUGGAGGGCUUCUUCAUCCCGCUGUUUGACUUCAACCUGACCCCUGUUAAUGAGUCUGAGAUGCUUCAUAAUGUGACCUUGGCUUUGGAGCUCCUGAAUGACGCUGGUUUGAAGCUGCCAAGUAUUGACCCACAAGAUAUCGUCUCUCAGGAUGUUGCCGCCACCUUGAAGGUCCUUUACGCCCUGUUCAAGAAGCACAGUGGUAAAUGAGAGACGAAGUCAUGUGGAGAGCAGCAGCAACAAACAUGGCUGAGUGGUGUUUGGCAAAUUCCCAAAUUAAAGUGUAAAGUGUAAAGAGCAAAUGGAUUUAAUGUAAAUCACAUCUUAUUGUAAUGGUAUAAAAGCAAUUCUGAGGACAUUAGAGGUAAUGCUGAGACAGACUAUUGUAGAGCUGACUCACUUACUGUUUAACAAACUGUUAGAAUUUGGAUUUUAAAAAUUAAAAACGACCAAAAUCAUCCAAAGAUUUAUUAAUUUAGGACAUAAUAAAUACAGUUUGAGAGGAUCAAACAUGUAGAAAGGAAAUAGCUGCAGUAAAGACAUCAAACAUUCUAAAAUUAUUAAGAAAUUCAAUGAUUAUAAAAGGUGAUGUUAUAAAUCAAUAGAAGGGAUUCCUUGUUUGUAUUUCAUGUUUUUUUUUCAAAUGUUCUGUUUCUCUCUUUUACCCAUAAUUGAUUGUUUUCAGUAUUUAUUUCUUGUAAUUCUGUGCAAAUAUCGUUUGAAUAAAUUUAAAUUUGGAGUGAAUUAAAAAAGAUUCUUGGAAUUGA